GGGUGUCUCUAUCGGUGAGUCGCGGGCUCCCCCAUGCCGAGCGUUCUAUAAGUUUGCCGAGAGACAUGCGCGGCGACGUCUGCUCCGAUUGCUCGACCGCCGCGCGGCACUAGUUCGCUUGUCUGACGUCAGCAGCAAUCCACCUAUUCCAGUUUCGCAGGUUGAUUAUAACAUGGUAACACAAAGUGAUUCAGUCGAGUGAGAUAUCUUGUGGCGGUCUGUUCGGCGGACACAGUUGUGAUAACGCGCGGCUCUAUCCACGUGCGUGCGUUUACCGGCGUGCGCGAUUGAUUUUUUGCGGAAUGGGUGAGGAAUCUCAGGCCGGCGAUGGAAAAGUCGUAUUAAAACGUAAAAUAACCUUAUUUAAUGGGGUGGGAAUCAUUAUAGGAACGAUUAUUGGAUCCGGAAUAUUCAUAUCCCCUGCUGGAGUUUACUUGUACACAGGGUCAGUGGCUGCCUCGUUAAUAAUAUGGCUUGCGAGCGGACUUCUGUCCACGCUGGGAGCUUUGUGCUACGCCGAGCUGGGUACAUCGAUCACAAGAUCAGGAGGAGACUAUGCGUACAUAUAUACAGCCUUCGGACCGCUGCCAGCGUUUUUGAGGCUCUGGAUUGCACUGCUCAUUAUCAGGCCUACCACCCAGGCGAUAGUGGCGCUCACCUUUGGAAAUUACGUUGUCAAACCCUUCUUUCCGGAGUGUGAUCCACCGGAGAACGCUGUCAGACUCCUUGCUGCAGUAUGCUUGUGUGUACUGACUGCUAUAAACUGUAUCAGCGUGAGAUGGACCAUGCGCAUCCAAGAUGUGUUUACAACGUCAAAGCUACUGGCUCUAGUCGUCAUCAUCAUUUCAGGACUCUACUAUAUUUGCAUAGGUAACACACAAAAUUUCGAGAACGCAUUUGCUGGAGAAUAUAGUGCUGGUAAUAUUGCGCUAGCCUUUUAUUCGGGCCUCUUCGCUUUUGGAGGUUGGAAUUAUCUCAACUUUGUAACCGAAGAACUCCAGGAUCCUUAUAAGAAUCUUCCUCGCGCGAUAUGGAUUGCUUUGCCUCUGGUUACGAUUAUCUACGUCAUGGCAAACUUGGCCUACUUUGCGGUCGUCACUAAAAUGGAAAUGAUGGCAAAUCCAGCCGUUGCUGCGAUAUUCGGUGAUCGCCUCUUCGGAAACUGGAGCUGGGUGAUUCCAGUGUUCGUGGCGUUGUCCACUUUUGGAGGCGUCAACGGUGUCUUAUUCACGUCAGCUCGUCUAUUCGCCACCGGCGCCCAGGAGGGCCACAUGCCGGCGUUCUUUUCACUGUUCCACGUCGAUAAACAAACUCCUAUACCCUCUCUUAUAUUUACGUGUUUCUUCUCGUUACUCAUGUUGACAACUAGCAACGUUUUCGCCCUUAUAAACUACUACUCGCAGAUACUUUGGCUUUCCGUCGGUGCAUCUGUCGUUGGAAUGUUGUGGCUUCGACGAACGAAACCUGACCUGCCUCGGCCAAUCAAAGUCAACAUAGUUAUACCGUACAUAUUUCUCAUCGCUAUUGCGUGUUUAGUUAUAAUUCCGGCGAUUGUACAGCCCAAGGAUACUGCAAUAGGUAUUGUUAUUUUACUCUCUGGCAUCCCUGUUUACUAUUUGUGUGUAAAAUGGCAAAGGAAACCAGAAGCGUAUCAUUCGUUCUCUGGUGGCAUUUUGAGGUUCCUACAAAAAACAUGUUCCUGUAUUUAUCUUGAUUCCACAGAGAAAUUGUCUGAGAGUUAGGUGAAUGUAAACAGAAUAGUUUCAAAAAUGUAUUUCUCGUCACGUAGGCGGUGUUUACUCGAACAAUGAACCUUGAAAAAUGUAUAUAAUAUCGGCUGUAUUGGACCAAUAUUGUUAUAUUAUUUAAAAGUGUUAAAAGAAGAAAAAAAUGCUUCUUGUUUGUGAUCUUCGUCGUAUUUAAAGGAGUCAGUGAAGUCAACCGCCCUUUAUUGGCGGGAAACAUAAAAUAAUGUUGUCACUUCACUUGUCUAUUUAGUACAUUUGCUCUGUCUGCUUAAAAACUGUCAUGUGUACAUAUAAGUUAUUUUUUCUUUUUUAAAUAAUAGAAUAUUAAUAAUAAUAUUAUCAAAUUAAUCAUAUGUCAUUAUCAUUAGUGACUUCUGUUUGAACACGCAUCGACAUUCUUGCUGCUUAUGAUAUGGGUUAAUGGCAUGUUUGGGAUAUUCGGAAAUAUACCAAAUGUUUGGACCAAACACAGCGGCACUGCUACUCAUGUACGCUAUAAGUGAAGUGCCAUCUAAAAUAAAUAUUGCGUAUUUGAAAAAUGUACCACUAAAGGCUAAACUCCUCAGUAUUUAUACAUUUACGAUUAUAAUGAGCUUAAGUAUAUUUUAUGAAACGUUUUAAACGUGUAUGUACUCUCAUUAGUAUUUUGUAAUUAUUCAAACUAUGUUUAGAGGUAUGAAUUAUAAUUUAAUUUUUUUAAAAUUAGUAUUACUUAUUUAUUAAGUUAGACUGAUAAUAAUUAUCACAUUACAAUCAAUGGUUUUAUUUUUAACACGCUUUUAUUACAUAGCUUGACCCGUGUAACGGAAUCUUUCACAAAAUUCAAGGCUUUCGAUUAAUUUGAAAAUUUGAACUAUGAAAGACCUAUGAUGAAAAUAGUUUUUAAUUUUGCUUCCUGUUAAAGCGUGUUUUUAUUCGUAUUUUUUAAACUAUAUUUUUACUUCUUAUCUUAAUUUAGACCGACGUAUUUAAAUGUUUUAGUGUAGAAAUUUUCUGUCCACAUUAGGAAGCUGGAAACCGUUCGAAGUAAUCCUAAUAGCUCUCUUAUAUUUCGUAAAGUGAAUGUGAUUUCCUAUAACCUAUAAGUCCUAUUUAUUGUAGACUUAUUCUUCUAUUCAAUAUAAAGGCGCAUUUAGCCCAAUUAUGGAAUAAAACAAAAAUAGCUAUAUAAUAAAAAUUUGACUGCUUUUCGUUGUUCGUUA